UGUAAACACACAAGCGUCGUGCUGAGGAGCAAAACAGUGACGUCACUUCCGGACAUAUUUUGUUCAACAGCUGGUGCCGGAAACAUCGCACAGAGAAAAUACAGUGCUGUGUGUCUGUAGCUCCAGAUGAUCCAUUGCUGGAGAGUGAGAGUGAGCUGUGCUCCCUCCCUCUACUGAACACUUCCCUUCCCUCUCGCUUCUCCUUUUUCCUUCUCUACAUCCAUCAGUGAUGCUUCCCUGCUGUUCCUGCCUCUCACGCUACACUCACCAUCACCUGGUUGCCUUCCUCCUCACCUUCUGUAGCUAUGUGUUGCUGCAUGCUUCACGUAAGACUUUCAGCAAUGUGAAAGUGAGCAUCUCUGCACAAUGGACCCCUUCAGUGCAGAAUGGCAGCUCUUCUGAGUUUUCCCCUGGAGAGACAUGGGAAGAUAAUCGUCUGUUUGCAAAUGCUGAUCAGGCCACACUGUUUCUGGGUGUCCUGGACACUGUAUUUCUCUUCUCUUAUGCUGUGGGUUUGUACAUUAGUGGCAUUAUAGGUGACCGUCUGGACCUUCGGUAUGUUCUCUCCUUUGGGCUGUGUGGCUCGGCUGUGGUGGAGUUUGUUUUUGGCACUCUGACAGAAUGGCUGCAGUUUUAUAACGUGUAUUUCUACUGCGGUCUGUGGGUGUUGAAUGGCUUGUUGCAGUCUGCAGUUUGGCCCUGUGUGGUGGCCGUCAUGGGAAAUUGGUUUGGCAAAUCUGGGCGAGGCUUUGUGUUCGGUUUAUGGAGCGCUUGUGCGUCAGUGGGGAAUAUUCUUGGAGCAUUCCUGGCAUCCAGUGUUCUGAAGUAUGGCUAUGAGUAUGCUUUCCUGGUGACAUCAGUGGUGCAGUUUGCAGGCGGAGUAGUCGUGUUUUUCGGUUUGCUCACCUCCCCAAAGGAAGUGGGUUUGUUCGAAGGGACUGUAACAGGUCUAACAACAGUGGAGAGAGACCCAGACAGUCAUCAGCCACUCAUGAGUGACAAUGAAGAGGAUGAGGAUGAAGUGGUGUGUGAUGGAGGAUACUAUUCCAUACAAAAGCAGGAUGAUGAACCGGAGCCCCAAAUCAAAGCCAUUGGCUUCUUCCAGGCCUUUUGUUUACCAGGAGUCAUACCUUACUCACUUUCCUACGCUUGCCUGAAACUGGUCAACUAUUCUUUCUUCUUUUGGCUGCCAUUUUAUCUAAGCAACAACUUUGGCUGGAAGGAGGCAGAAGCAGACCGGCUGUCUGUGUGGUAUGAUGUAGGAGGGAUUGUUGGAGGAACAGUGCAGGGUUUGAUCUCAGAUUUCCUGGGAAAAAGAGCUCCUGUCCUGUGCGUUAGUUUGCUGCUAGCCAUGGGAGCUCUAGUGGGAUAUAGCCACUCUCCAAACGACCAAAUUGUGAAUGGAGUGCUUUUAGCAACUACAGGUUUUUUUAUCGGCGGUCCAUCCAACAUGAUAAGCUCAGCAAUUUCAGCAGACCUGGGUCGCCAGGAAGCUUUGCAGGGAAGUCAGGAGGCUUUAGCCACUGUCACGGGCAUUGUGGAUGGAACGGGCAGCAUCGGAGCUGCUGGAGGGCAGUACCUGGUAUCACUCAUCGAGAGCAAAUUCGGAUGGAUGUGUGUCUUCUACUUCUUCAUAGUCAUGACAGGUUUCAGCAUUGUGUUCAUCAUCUCUCUUCUUGUUAAUGAUAUACGCUCCAUGUGCAGAGACAGUCAGGCAAGGACACAUCAGCUGUGAGAAUGCCUCUCUGUUCGUAACCUAUCCUGUCUGGAGUUAAUGUGGGGAAGCAUGUCAACACAUUCAGCAAGAUGCUCGGUUUACGACUGUCUUCUUUUUAAAGCUGCUUUUAGUUACAAUAGUGAUAUUGUUUUAAAUCUUUUAUGCUUGAUUCCAUCUAUGCCGCUGGUAUUAAUAUUAAUAUAAUGCCAAUGACAGCAACUGGUAAAAUAUCAUCUGGACAGUCGCCAUAACUAAUCUGUUAACAGAUUGAAGCAUUUAUUAUUGUUUGAAUUUUAGGGGGAAAAACAUGCUUAAUGUAGCCCAGUGCAUGUCAGACUGCACAAGCAAUUUGAUCUUUAUCUGAUCAUUAUUUAAGUUCAGCGAAGUGGACAGUAAUUAUAUCUGAUAAAAUGUUUGGUCAUCCUGGUGCUGCCAGUGGCACAUUAGCCUAACAGUAAUAACACUAAUUUAGACUGUAGAAAUCCAGCUGUAAUUAUUUAUCACUAUGUGUUUGUGUGUUCUUUCAUCACAAACCAGUUUGAGGAAUGAAGAUGAACGCUAUUUAGCUAGGAACAAAAACACUACCAAAAAUGUAAUCAUGGUAAAGUUUGAGAAAAGCCAGGAUUGUGUGUUUAUAGCUAAUAUAAGGAUCAGGUAGCAAAUUUAACUGACAUAAAUACAAAAAGCCAACAAAUAGUAAACCAUUAGACCAAAGGUUUGGACACACCUUCUCAUUCAAAGAGUUUUUUUUAUUUUCAUGACUAUGAAAAUUGUAGAUUCACACUGAAGGCAUCAAAACUAUGAAUUAACGCUUGAUGUUCUUUGUAACUGCACUUGGGGACACUUAAUUUCAAAGUUUUCCCAAUUUUUCGGACUGACUGGCCUUUCUUGCCAUAAUACAAAUUCUAACAGUCUAUUCAGUAGGACUAUCAGCUGUGUAUUCACCUGACUUCUCCACAACACAACUGAUGGUCCCAACCCCAUUUAUAAGGCAAGAAAUCCCACAAGGCAUACCUGUGAAGUGAAGACCAUUUCAGGUGACUACCUCUUGAAGCUCAUCAAGAGAAUGCCAAGAGUGUGCAAAGCAGUAAUCAAAGCAAAAGGUGGCUACUUUGAAGAACCUAGAAUAUGACAUAUUUUCAGUUGUUUC